AUGCCUGUACUCAAGUUCUCACACCGCGCCGAACCCAUCAACGCCGAACAGCGCAUGAUUGGGCCCAUUCCUUUGCCAUGGUUCAUUCCCAUGUGUGUCUUUGCGCCUUUCUUCCUCUCGUUCAUAUGCUGGGUAUUCUAUCAACAAACGGUGACGCGAUACAAGAACAAGAAGCUUCUGGCAGCGCAACAGGAGCAAGAGCGCUUAGCUGCUAAAGAGGUGGAGACGCAGAUGCAGCAGUUCAUUGGCGCCAUCGCGCCACUAGCCACCUCCACCUACUCCAUCCCCGCUAUGCCGCUUGUCACUCAGCUCUCCGCGCUGGCGACCAUCGUCACCCCGACGACGCCCUACACACCCAUGGCCUCUCCAUCCUCCAUCUCCGACAUUCUCCACGAGAUCUCCAAGGCGGACACCGCUGCUCAGCCCACCUCAACUCUUGACCUCAAAGUCAAGUCCAGCAGCUCUGGCGCUGAAGGCGGUUUGUCAACUAUAGCUGUAGUCGGCAUUAUCGGCGGUAUUCUUGUGGGCAUGCUCAUCUUGGGGUUCAUUGUUGUGAAAAUGUGCCAUCAUUAA